AAUCCUAUUUUGUCUGUGCGACGUCAUCGUUAAGAAAAGGUGCCGAAACAUGGACCCAGUGCUAUAUGUGUUAGCUGCUGUCAUUUUAAUCAUAGUGAUAAUAUUCCUAACGAAAGUUAGGGGACAGGCAGAGCAAGCAGAUCAACAACAUCAGAGAAAUGUGGCAGCAGCAGCAGCAGCUACAAGACCACGGUCUCAGGCUGAGGAGAGAGGGGAGGGCAUGCCGAGGAGGAGAAGGAACUUGGGGAGCCGAAUGAUGGCACAAAGGCGGGCUCAGCAGGCAGAAGAACAUUCUGCAGAUGAAGAAGAAGUAGAGGAGACUUCAGAGCUUAAGACAACAGGCAAAAUUGGGGCAAAAAAGCUGAAGAAAUUGGAGGAAAAGCAAGCGAGAAAAGCACAGAGAGAGGCAGAAGAAGCUGAUCGUGAAGAACAGAAGAAGUUGGAUGCAAAGAGAGAAGAAGAUAGGAAAAAAGAAGAAGAAAGAGUUCGACUUGAAGAACAAAGGAAGGAAGAGGAAGAGAGAAAGGCUAAGGAAGAACAAGAAAGACAAGAGCAUGAAGAAUACUUGAAACUGAAAGAGAGUUUUGUUGUGGAGGAGGAGGGGAUGGAAGAAACUUUGACUGAAGAAGAGUCUCGCAACCUUUUACAAGAAUUUAUUGACUACAUCAAAGCUGUAAAGGUUGUUUUGCUUGAAGACUUGGCUUCACACUUUGGUAUGAGGACACAGGAUGCUAUUAGCAGGGUUCAGGACCUAAUUACUGAGGGGACUUUGACAGGUGUCAUUGAUGACCGAGGGAAAUUCAUUUACAUAACUCAGGAGGAAAUGACAGCAGUGGCCCAGUUUAUCAGGCAAAGAGGACGAGUCUCCAUAUCAGAACUGGCACAAGCAAGCAACACACUCAUCAACCUCAAGCCUGAUACCCCUUCUGUACCACAGGCAGUAGCAUGAAAUUGAGUUAUAUGACUGUACUUGGGGAAGGCAAUGUUCACUAUUAAGACAGAUGAUUACAGAAAUUAGAUCUACUAAUUCACUUGCAUACCUUCUUGCUCUUUUUUUUGUAAGCUCUCUGGCUUGAAUACAAUCGUUGUAGUUAGUAGAAGGGUUGGCAGUGCAAGACUGUUUAGGUGUGAAGCUAUGCAUAGUUACAUACGUCUGAUAAAUGUUUUUUUCUUUGUUUUGUUUAACUGUAAGACUCAGAAAUGUGAAGGGCUAUUUAAACUUUCAUUUAUCAAGGCAAGUUGAGCACACAAUUUAAACUUUUAGCCCACACUUUUAUAUUGUCUAGUGUCCUUUAUGAAAAUGUAUCUUGCUUUUUUCUUGCUUACUGGUUUGCCAGCAUUUCGCAUGCAGUGUAUAAGGGAUACUUACAACUUAGACAAGAUGUGCAGCCACAUAAACAUAUUAAAUACAGUUAUCUUUGCCAUAUUGCCUUAAUGCAGAAUAAAUGGUAAGUUCCAUAGUCAAAGUAGUGAGUUUGUAACCAUCAUUUGUCACACUUCUAAAAUGAGAACAUUUAAUACUAACCACCACUGCCUACCAGUACACAUGCUGUACAGUAUUAUCACAAACACGUGAUUUCAGAAGGUAUUGGAUCAGAGAAGUACCGUCAAACAGCCAUGUACUGCAAAGAUGUCAUAUUAUGAUUUAAGUAAUAAACAUACAAAACUGGA